GGUAAAGAGACUGAAGAGAGCAUAGAACUGAACAUGAAAUUUCACUCAACUGGCCGCCAUAACUUCACAUGCAAUGCGACAAACACAAUUGGUUCGGCGGUAAAUUAAGUUUUCAUCUUGGUCAAAGAAAAGUCACUUAAACCAACAAUACCGAAUCCAAGGCCUACUUCACCAUCCACCGGUAAAGACAACUCUUCCUCCAUGUUGAUCGGAAUCAUAUGUGGUUGUCUUGCUGUUCUUAUUAUCGUUAUGUUAGCCGUCGGGUGUGUGGUAUUAUCGAAAAGAAGAAAGAAAGUCCCGACGAGAGAAGGUUCUUAUAGUGUACAUAUACAGGAGCGACGACCGAGUUUUCAACCGCUAGGUCCUGUGUACGACAAUCUGGCUGGUUUCAAUCACGGUGAUGCUCCAUCUGAAGCUAUUGCUGAACCGGUUGAGUACGCCUGUGUUGUUAAAAAGGAAGAGGAAAGUGCACUCAUCUACGCUGAUCUUGAUCUACCCGCAGAGGGUUCCACACGAGGGAUUCCAACAGUGAAUUUUGACGCCGGGACAACAUACGUUUCUAUCGAUUUUGCUCAGACAGCUAAAAUGAAAGGAUCUGUGUUAGACGAUUAGUUAAAUGAAUGUACACGAGGAAAAUGACCCGAAUACUUUUUGUGUAUUGAUGUAACGUUGCUAGAUUAAUAUAUUACACGUGAAUCAUUUAUCAUACUUUGAAAGCUAAUUGUGAUAUUUUAACGUAGUUCUGCUCCUUUUAAAUUGGUUGACACCGAUGUCACAUAUACUUUAUAUAAAAUAAAUGUAAUCCUAUACAGAGCCCUUGUUCGAACAUUAAUAAUGCAUAAGAACUGAACUGUAACAAUAUCAUUGAUUAUAUUCAGUUUGCUUACCAUUUGAUGUAUUUAGAAUCGGUCGUAACUGAUGUUGUUAAACUAGUCGCUUAAUCAAUGUUCAUGUCCAUAAUGAUGAACGUUUACUUUGCUAUAUUACAAUGCUUCUUUUAACUUUGUCUUCUUUAUUGCAUAGUGUUAAUGUGUUCUCAUGCAAUAACGUAUGAUUCUGUCCUUUUUUUCAACAUGUUUGUAGACACUUCAUUUUUUAAUCCAAAUUAAAUCUGAUCAAAAUGUCACAAUGUACAUGUAAGAUUUGCACUGAUGACAGCAGUGAAACAAAGUAGAAUAGCAGUUACGCCGCAUUUCUUCUGAUUUUAUAUAGUUUCAAAUAUAAUUUGUCGCACUGAUAUCAAAAUGUUUCUGUCAACAUCUACGAAUCGAUUGACAAAUUGUAAAAAUUUCAUGUCCUCGCAUUCUUUAUCGCUUAAUUUGUAGAUGAGCUGCAUCAUUUCAUAGUGUGUCGGGAUUUUUCAAGAUGUUGUUUUCGUGGCAAUAAAAUAUGACAAUGGGCGACAACAAAAACGACAAUAGUUAGCCAUGCAUAUGCCAGUACUCUCACAUAAAUCUGGCAUACGUAUUGCAUUUAUCUUUAUUACACAUAAAUCACAGGUACUGCAUCACUUCUCAUGUAUACAUAUCGCACACACGGUUGUUAUCUAGCUCGCACUAAAAGCACACACAUUGUUGUUAUAGUUCAUGAAGGAAAAACACAUUCUCUGCAGUUUACUUCAUACGUCGAAUUCACUCUACAUCCUUUUUCAUUCGAAGUGUCAUAAGUAGCUAUUAAUGAGUGUGAACACUGGAGGAUAAUGUGUGCAUUUCCGGGUUGAUAUCAUAGUCAAUUUCAAAGCAGCAAAAAUGGAUUACAUAUUUUUUAUUUGUAAAAUUGUUUGUUUUUUAUUUUGUCUACCAAGUCAUCAAUGUCAACGUUAGACACUUAUUAUUAUUAAGUAACGUGUACACAUAACAAUAACAUCAAAUGUGAAAAUAGAGUGUACAUUUGAAGUCAUCAUUAUCAAGUAUCAUUAUUUCCCCUUUUCAAGGCGUGUAGGACGAGGGAAUUUUGUAUUUAUAUUAGACUGUAAAAGUAAUGAGAACCGCAACAAGCAGGAAUGGGUAUUGUAGUAGAUAUGACGUAAGAGGGAAAUAACGAGUCAUACCUUGCCUCGACAACGAAUAGACAAGGGGCGCUCACCUCGUGAUAUAUUAAUCAGCUCAUAAUGCUUUCAACACAAUUGACAUGACUUUUAAAAGUGACAAAUAUGUACAGCCUAUUUCUUCUAUCAACGUUUCAUGUAGCGUUUGCUUAAAAGCUGCACUCUCACACUUUUACCAUUUUUUACAACUUUUUUUUAUUUUUUUGUUUGGAAAAGUCAAAUUUUUGCGUAUAUAUCUGCAAACCAAUGAUAUAAGAUUGCUGACAAACAAUCAGAUUGUAGAUUUUCAUAUUUCCGUCCGAAAAUAAAUGUUUUAUGGCUUAAACCGUUACUAACGUUUUACGAAAAAUGCAUAAACAUCAAUUCUUGAACUUAAAUAUAAAUUUUGACUCGUUCCAAGACAAAACUUGAAAAAGUUGCCAAAAUGGUAAAUCUGUGAGAGUGCAGCUUUAAAUGUUUCUUUAUAUUAUUAUGUAUUUGAGAAGCCGCAUUUGGUUUCAAAACAAAAUAACUUGAUGAGUUUGCAUUUAAUUGUAUAAACUGUUCCAUACA